CCUCCACUGCUUGCUUCGAACCUGUAUGUACAAUUAUAACUCCAUGGCGACAGCUAUGGCAGCCGCUCUACCUUCCUUCUCUUCUCUAACGCCGCACAACCCCCUCAGUCCUCGCCUCUCUAUCCUAUUCCCCACAUCUUCCAAAUCCUCGCCUUCGUCACGCCCAUUUCUCUCCCUUUCCUCCGGACUCGUCCUCCGAACCAGAGCCAAACCCAGCGACAUCGACACCUCCUUUUUCGACAACUUUGACCCAGAAGACGAAAUCCCUUUCGACCCCCCAACUCCCCCAGAAGGCUUCGUCCCUCCGCCUUCCUUCGACGAGGGUCCCGAGGAGACUGAAGAUGAUGUUGCCGCCGCCUACGAGGAGCUCUACGGCCCGGGAUAUAGUGGGGUUUCUGUGUUAGGCAAUGACAUUUAUGUCAUGGACUCGAAAGUGAAAAAGACUAGUGCUUUUGAGAAAACAAAGGAGGACAAAGUUAGGGAUGGGUUCGAGGAGAGGGUGGUUCAAGUGAGGAGAGUGACCAAAGUGGUGAAAGGAGGGAAGCAGUUGCAUUUUAGAGCAGUUGUGGUGGUUGGGGACAAGCAGGGUCAGGUGGGUGUUGGUGUUGGCAAAGCCACGGAGGUGAUUGGUGCUGUACAGAAAUCUGCUGUGAAUGCCCGGAGGAAUAUUAUUACAGUGCCAAUGACCAAGUACUUAACAUUCCCGCAUAGAUCUGAAGGCGAUUAUGGGGCAGCAAAGGUGAUGCUUAGACCUGCUUCACCAGGUACUGGAGUCAUUGCUGGAGGUGCUGUGAGAAUUGUUCUUGAAAUGGCGGGUGUUGAGAAUGCUUUAGGAAAGCAGAUUGGAAGCAAAAAUGCCCUUAACAACGCUAGAGCCACUGUUGUUGCUGUACAGAAGAUGAGGCAGUUCCGUGAUGUUGCUCGUGAAAGAGGAAUACCAAUGGAAGAGCUGUGGAAGUGAUGGUUGUCAAAGUAGCUCUACCCUUCCCAUUAUCCAUUGUUGAUUUUGUGCAAGAAGCCUUGAUAUUUGCUAAUGCAAUUCAGUUAAAUACAAAAUUCAGAUAUUUCUUUUUCUUAAUUGUAAUAGAAGCUUCUUAAUUUUCUCGACUCUUUUCUUUUCCAAUCUGACCCAUCUUCUCAAGAACUAAAACCUUUAUUCUAUU